AUGCAAUUAAAACAUUUUCGUACGAACGUAAAACAACAUGUAAUGAAAGAAACAACUCCUACUGUUAAGAUUUACGAAGAAGAAGUUAUUUCGUCUCAAAUGCCACCAUCAACAUUAGCAAUGAUGCCUUUAGCACGUGAACUACAUUUAAUUUUGGAACCAGGUUUAACAUAUGUUCGAAGAAAAAUGACGCCAGCUUUACCUGAUUCAUGUAUAUUUGAAAUACCUGAAUCUUAUCAAAAAACAUUUAAUAACGAACCAUUUUUAAUUCGGGAUAUUAUAAUACGUCGAAGAAAACGAAUGUUGAUAUUUUGCACAAAAACACAACUCGAAGUAUUGUUUGACAGUCCAGUGAUAAUGAUGGAUGGCACUUCCAGUACCACUCCACCAUUCUUCAAACAAAUUUAUUCAAUACACGCUUUACAAUAUGAUUCAAGUAAUAAAUAUUAUUUCAUUGAUUUACCACAUUUAUAUUUUUUAUAG